CUUGACGCAGCUGAGAACAGACCACCAGGCGCACCGGCAGUCCCUGUCUCUGCUGACUCAGUGCCUUACCAGCAGUCCCUUCAGCCCGAGAUACCGCAUCCAGCAACCGACGCACACUCCUCCGGUCAACCCGCCCCGGCACCUCCACCGUACAGAAAUGGCCAAGACCGCAAUCGCUUACAAAGAGAAGAUGAAGGAGAUUUCAGUUCUCUCGCUGAUCUGCUCUUGUCUGUACCCUGAGACCCGCAAAAACAUCAUGGGUGACUUUGAAGACAUGGACAUCAAGCCCAUUAACAAGCGAGCCUCAGGCCAGGCCUUUGAGGUCAUUCUGAAGCCAGUAUCCCCCGUGUCUGAUGUUUCCCACUGCAUUACCACCCCCCCAAAGAGGGACAUUUCCCUGGAGGACAUCCAGAAGAAACUGGAGGCAGCUGAGGACCGGAGGAGAUCCCAGGAGGCGCAGGUACUCCGGGCCCUGGCUGAGAAACGGGAUCACGAGCGUGAUGUGCUGCUGAAGGCCAUGGAGGAGAACAGCAACUUCAGCCGCAUGGCUGAGGAGAAGCUCCAGGUGAAGAUGGAGCAAAUCGAGGAGAACCGGCAGGCUUACCUGGCCGCCAUGAUGGAGCGCCUGCAGGAGAGGGAGAGGCGUGCGCAGGAGGUGCGCAGGAACAAGGAGUUGAGAGAAGAAGUGACAGCGUGAGAAGCCCCAACAGGUUCUACGUCCCACCUCCAAACUCCCCCUCCACCACACCACUACCACCACCCCUGACCCUGAGGAACACCCCUCCCCCCCACCACAUGUCCCCACCUUCUCCACCCCUCCGCCAUACUCCCCCAUACUACUAUGAAACUACCACAGCCUGAGACACCACCCCGAGACAGUGGAAGGUUCAAAUGGGGUUGGGGGUGGAAAAAAAAAAAAGCGAAAAUAAUUUAGGGAAAAAAAGGAAAAAUUAAUGUCUCCCACCCACUCUUCCCAAAAAGAAUGUUUUUGCUCAGAUUCAAAUGAGAAGAAAAGAAAAAAGUCAAAUUGACAAGUGACAGUGGGUAUUGGUUUUUGUAAAUACUUCUUUUUUUGUUAUAUACAGUACGAUACAAGCAGCAGAAGUAUUGAUUGCAGUGUGCCAUUUUUUCUAUAUAAGUUUCCUCUCCCUGCUUAUAUAUGGAUGUAAUAAUUUGUUCAUUUUUCUGUUUUUUUUUUCGUUGUUAAUUUCAGCCUGAGAAUCAUCUCAGACGUAGGUGUUUGUUGUGAGUUUGCCAGCUAGCUGAUGUUUGCUGCGACUGGUUGCGUCCUCACAAGGCCCGCAUCCUGGCUCCAUUCCCUCGUCCCUCCGAGUGGGCGCUUACUCAUCUGACCCCGCAGAUCUGGAAACAAAAUUGGAUCUGUGUUCGGUCGGAGUGAUUUUCCAUCCAGUUUAUGCCAAUGUUCCAAUUAGCGAGGGACGUGUGCAGGGAAGUUGGCAGAAGGAAAGGGGACAGUUUGCUUUCUGUGGGGACUGCAAGCCGUCGCUGCACAUCCACUCCUGUGAGGUAGAUGGUGACUGUACCACAGGAGAACACUAUAGCAUUUAAUGAGCCCAUCCUCAUCCUCCUUCCCUCCGUCUGCAGCCUCUUCAUCUCUCCACAUACAUAACUGUAGAAGCACUCGCUCACACGCUCUCCACAUGGGCAGGCAUUUAACCAAUCAUAGCACAGAGCUCAGGAGGAGCUCGCUAAAUUCUGUCCAUCUGGCACCCAGAAAGCUCACAUAACACCUCUGACCACUGGCCUCUUAUAUUCCUCAGAAACAGGCUCACAUUACAAUCACGUGUAACUGAACUAUACAACACAACUGAGGUUAAAGUGCAUCUCAAGAACAAGUGCAGUGCAAAAAAAAAAAUCUCCAGGCUUGUUACUGUGAAUAUUAAAUCGGAGAAAAAACAAAUAAACCCUACUUUUCUCCAUUUCACAGAGGUUAGAGUAGUGCUCUACAUCAUCAGCGCCUACUGGGAUCAUUGCACUUCACUCCAAGACACUGUAACGCCACCGAAAGGUUGGCACAAGAAAGAUAUUUAAGCCAUAACAGGUAUCGCUGCAACAAUGAUUCGUGAACACAGUAUUGCCAUCUGUAAAGGUGUAUAUGAGUGUAUUAAAGUAUCCGAAUGUCGGUCGCACACGCACGGUAGGCCCAUAUAUGUGUGUGAGUGUGUGUGUGUAUUGCAGAAAUGGCGGGUAGAUAACCGGAUGUUUGUGCCAUGUAAUAUUGACCCGGUGAAAUAUAAACCAACACCGUUACAGUGUGUAACAGCUGACACAAGUACAUCACAGACAGUGACGAUCCUACCUGCCUCUCUAUCUCUCUCUAUCUCUCCUCUGUCCAUUUGUGUGUUUCCCUCCUCUCCACUUAUAUCUUUGUGAGCAAGCAGUGGUUAAUAAAGAUUUGGGGU